UUUUUUUGAGGGGUGAAGCAGCAGCCUGUGCUCCGUCCCUCCCUCCACGCAGCAGAACAAACGCUAUAUUCAUCUGCUCCGGCUUGCAGUUACUGAAACUCCCCACAGGAACUCCUGGCUACUUUUCCUUACCGUGUGAGCUGCUGGACACAAUGCCAUUCAUGCCACGGGGCGAAAGCAGGCAAAGCGCGUGUGCAGUUAACAUAAUAAUGUGGAGAACAUGCGGCAUUUUUUGCGCAUGGAGUCUAUUCUUCCUGACAGAUGUCUGUGCGCAGUCUCAGCGGAGGUACAUCUUUAUUUAUUGAUUUUUCUCUCUGGUUUAUUUCAAUGCUUAAGGAGUGAGAAAGGUGUCAUGGAUGUCAUGCAGCCAGUGGAGGGGACGCAGCGUCAGUGGAGUUUAUUUAGGGAUGAUUCUGCAGACUCGGCUGCGUGGAGCAAGACAUAUGUCGCAUAGAAACAAAUCAGAGUGAAAUCAUCUUCAGGCUUUACGUUUUCUUUGUGUUUGGUGUCGAGAAAUCAGCAUAUUUUGAGAUUGUAGAUAGAAAACUAUCUUCUCCCACCUCUAGACCAACCUUCACGUGCGGUGGAAACAUUACAGGGGACUCUGGAGUCAUCGGGAGCCAGGGAUACCCAGGAGUUUACCCUCCAAAUACCAAAUGUGUAUGGAGAAUCACAGUGAGUCCCAUUUCAUACUCACAUAUGUUGCUUUUCAAUCAAAGCUUGGAUUUUAAUGAUGACGUAAAUCUCUAUAUUUUUAAAUGAAAGGAAACAUCCAUCCACUAUGAUACUCUACCACCAACCCUGAACUCCAAAUUUCUUUCCAAAAAUAUGAAACCACAGCAUGCUCAAGGCAGUUUGUUCUCUGACUCAAUUACUAGACUGUGUAGUUAAACAUCUACGCUGGUACAGAACAAGACCAAGUAGCAUGUCUCACUGUGAUAUUGUGAGUAUGACAUUUAAUUGUCCCCAGUGAUGGUGUAAAUUGUGUAAAAUCUCACACAGGUUCCUGAAGGAAAAGUGGUGGUCCUGUCAUUUCGCUUCAUCGAUUUGGAGAGCGACAACCUGUGCCGCUACGACUAUGUGGAUGUUUACAGCGGUCAUGUCAAUGGGCAGAGACUUGGCCGCUUCUGUGGGACAUUCAAGCCAGGAGCUUUGGUUUCCACAGGCAACAAGAUGCUCAUGCAGAUGGUAUCUGAUGCCAACACAGCUGGGAGUGGCUUCCUGGCUGUUUUCUCUGCUGCUCACCCACAUGAGAGAGGUAGGACUCGUGUGGAUAAGAGUAGAUGUGGCACUCAUGGUUUUAAAGCUGAUGUUGUUCCAAAGGGAGGGUAAGAGAUGUAGUGAAUAUCAUGUUGCAAUGCAAGCAUGUAAGGCCUGGGUUUCCUCCAUACAUGACUCUUAUACUGGCCUUGGAGUGUGUCUAUUUGGGCAAAGGUUGGAGUUUAAAAAGCUUACUAACAAGGCAGUUUCAUUCAAACUGAUUGCACCACAAUGGCAUAGAAGGAAAAAGUAAUUUGGACGAUACUGUAAAUGAAUUUUGAGUUAUGCAAGCACAUAACCAAACAAAAAAAGGUAAAUUUUCCUUCUUUAUUGUUAAAACCAGUGACCUUUUAGUUUUUUAUUCAACCAAGAAAAGACUUAAAAGUUAAAGUUUGCAGGGUGUGGACAAAAGGAGAGGAAUAUCUUGACACUCCUCACGGCCUGAUGUGGAAUUUCUCACCGGUCAGAAGUAUCAUUUAGAGUUGAGUGAGCCUCUUCUUUUCUGCAGGGUUGCAACAUCUCAAGUCCUGCUUUUGUGGAAUUUUAACUGCUGGUUCUAUACAGCAGGGUAGGUGACAGCAGUCAGUGACAAUGUCUGGUAACUAGCCCGUGUGGGACUAACACAAUGGACACAAGCAGAUAGACUGUGUUAAAGCUGUCUCUUGGAGUUGUCCUGGGACAACCUGUUUUUGUUUUAGUUGGUUAUCUAUUUUUGUCACUGAAAUUGUACUUCUCGGACUUCUUUGUGGGAAAGGAAACAUCAGUUUAAGUGUUUGCAAAGAAAACGUGCCUUUAAGAGAAUCACUUCCCUGACAGUCUCAACAGCUUGUGUCUGUGUGUUUUUAAGCUGAUGUUUCUCAGAUGCUUGACAGAGCUGAAGGCAUGGUGUCUUUUUUUAAACUGCCUAAUGAGUGACUUCCUUUUUAGGACACACAUAAUGACAAGAGGGCAAUGGGAGCACCUAUUACAGUAAAUCGUUUAUGGCAGGGUUAUAAAUCGUACAUUCUUUCCUGGUUUACAUUGAUGAAUACAAUCUGGAUCAUUCCCUUCAAACAGUGUUUUGCAGAUUCUUUUUAACUAUCAAUCUAAAAUGAUUUCUCCACAGGGGACCAGUACUGUGGCGGCAGGUUGGAUAAGCCCUCUGGGUCUUUUAAAACACCAAACUGGCCUGAGAAGGACUACCCAGCAGGUGUCACCUGCUCCUGGCACAUAGUGGCACCAAAGAACCAGGUAUGGGAUCUAAUUCAAAACUGUUACAUUAAAACAAAUCUGUGCUAAAUCAUCUGCGGCUAUAAGAUUGUAAUGCUUAUUUUUUAAUUGAAAGUUGUUGAAGAGGCCAAAAUUGUUCCACAGUCACAUCGUCAGAAGAGUAUAGAUGCUUAUGAACUGGAUAAGUUAAUAUUGAUGGGCACUGAACAUUGUCUGAUGCAUUGUCCAAAACCUGAGUUUUAAGCGCCUGUUUUUCCCAGAGUCUCCGGUAUUUACUUUGUUUUCUUGCUUGUGUCGGCAGUCAAGGCUAAAGGAGGAUUCAGAAAAUUUUCCAUACUCUCUGGUUGGUUUUUACUGUCCGAUAUUGUAGCACGCUAACUUUGUUUGGGCUCGUGAACAUUAUUCAAGGACGUGGAGCGUGCCUCACCACAUGAGGGAGCAGCAUCUGCCUCACAACCAAUCAAUGUUGACAACACAGACAACAAAACACAGCGAUAUUGUGAUAUCCCCAAAUGUCAUGGAUAACUAAUACCUAUUGACUGAUAUUAAAAGCGUUUUUAUAUAUACACCACAAAAAGAUGCUUCUUUGACGGAAUCCUACCUAACCCACCUUUAAGGGACAUUGGUCUGUUUAAAAGUAAGAAAAGAUCAGACGUAGACACCGUAGACUCUAUCAAAAAACAUUGACUGCUCCAAAAAGUGAAACCAAACUGGUGACCGGCAGCAAUAAAGGGUCACAAACAAACUGACCUCGUCCUUUAUAGAAGAUGGAAAAUCUGUCAAACUAGGAAAAAAUAUUUUGCUGAUUUAUAGGCAGGUGCUCAUUGUUUAAAGAACUUAAAUGUUAGUCAGCUGUUUCAUUCAUUAACGAAGGAGUGUGAUGCCAUGAUUGACAGCUUUGUUGACAAUCCUGUCACUUGCAGCCCUUUUUUAUCUGGAUUAGCAGUGCAGAGGAUUGAGAGUGAGAGAAAACCUAAUCAACACCAACACAAGAGUCACAGCACUGCUCAUAACCACAAGUGUCAAACCAACACCAGUCGCUUCUGCUGCAAAAUGACCCGACCUGACAUUUCUUUGCUGUAAUAUUGGUGCAUUGAUUGUGUGUCUUGAUAAGCAGGGUCUUGUGGCUCCACCAGCCAGGCCACCUUAUCUUAAGUCUUUGCUCUUAAAAUACAUCACUAGCACCAGUUGGUAUUUUGGCUGCGGGCUUUUAAAUAGUUGACGAUAGAGGCAUAUUGUCUGUAUUAAUAAAUGCACAAUAAUGAAUCAGUCAUGUUGCGGAUGCUAGCAUGCCUCUUAAUCAACUGUAACCCUGACAGUCUUUAUACAAGCCUUUUCUCAUCUGUUGUAGAUCAUAGAGGUCAAGUUUGAGAAGUUCGACGUGGAGAGAGACAACUACUGUCGUUACGACCACGUCUCCAUCUUCAACGGGGCAGAGAUCAACGACGCCAAGAGAAUCGGCAAAUACUGUGGAGACAGCCCCCCAGCGUAGGUGAUUCUGUUCUAGAGAUUUCACCUUUCCUUGUCAUCCAUCCUCUCAGCGUCUCUAAGUUUGUACUCAGUUUUUCUUGUCUGUGUUUCACUACAGGCCGGUCUUCUCAGAUGGGAACCAGCUCUUGAUCCAGUUCCUGUCAGAUCUCAGUCUCACAGCAGAUGGCUUUAUCGGACAUUACAAAUUCAGACCAAAGAAAUUCCCCACCACGACGAUACCACCCACCACGACUACACAGCCAGUCACCACCAGGCCCAUACGUAGGUACCAACUUUCAUCCAGUAACAACUUUAGAAAGACUCCUAUCAGUAUUUGUCCAUGAACGCUGAUAACUAAUAACUUUGUCCAGCUGGAAUCUCUUGCUAACAUGUGGGAUUUAUCUUGCACUUUUAAAAACAAGAGGCAUGUGAAAUCUGUUUAUGAUGGUACAACGAGCUUUAAAAAACUGUGUUGUGCUUGAAUAUGACUUAAGUACUUCAAGGUUUAUUUUCAAACAGGACGAAUAAUUAUUCAGCAUUGCUAAGCAGAGCGUACAGAAACAUAUCUUUCAUAAAAAUGAAUACUCUGUUCACAUUAAAUCACUGAAAACAAUCAGUCAAACAUGUAAAAAGAAGAGAGCGGGAUCAAUAGUGCUUAAGAUGCACAUGUUCAAACAAAGCACAUGCUAAACUAAGUCUUCUGCUCUCAUUUCCUUGUGUUCAAGCAUUUUUCUUCCAUAUAUAUUGUGGGCACGUGUGUGCACCCACAGUCACAGCUCAUUUUCAUACGCAAACUUUCAAUCCCACACACUGUUGUUUUUUCCCUCAGCCAAGUCUGGUUACUUCAGCACCUCCCCGCCAUGAUGUCAGACCUUGACGAUGUUCUCUAGGUCGACUUAUCUGUCCUUACUUUCCUCCUCCCGGCAAGAGGAACAUUUUUACAGUCACCUUUUGUUUCCUUGAAUCUCUCCUAUAUGGUCUCUUUAUGGUCUCUGACUCUAAAAACAGAUGUUGCCUUGUCACAAUAUCUGGCUAUUUUACACUGUGCACAUUCUCUCUGAGGAUAGCCUUUUAUUUUAAGAGCCUCUUGUUUUACUGGGAAUAUUCUGUAAAUAAACCACAGUAGAAACAGAUGCAACCAUAACUCACUUGCUUGAGUCACGGGAAGGCUAAAUUACAGAGAUGGACUUUUCUUGUGUGUGUGCGUGUGUCUCCACAGCUCUGAAGUACUCAGUGGCGUUGUGCCAGCAGAAAUGCAAAAGACGAGGAACACUUGAGAGCAACUACUGCUCCAGCAAUUUUGGUAAGAAUGUCUCUAAAACUCACCAGCCUUGCUCAUGUUAUAAUAGAGUAUCCUCACUGUUAUAUACAUUAUUACUGAUAAAACAAUGCAACCAAUGCAGCAUAGACUUUGAUUUACAUUAGCAGCAAAACCUCCCUUGAAAAGAGUUUACUGUCCUCUUCAUGUUACUGUCUUUGCUCCUCUGAUUUCCCUCUGUGCAUCUCAAAGACUUCCUUGAUAGCCUGUCAGGAAGUGAAGGAGCGUAUACAGUAGGACACAGUUGCCUCUGGUGUAAACACACACUCACACACACUUACUCAGCCCCUGACUGAGGGUAAACUGCUGUUAAAUGAACGUGUUGAUUCAGGCUCAGCCUCCGUUUGCUGCUCUCCUGCUCUCUGAUGUUUUCCUCUCGGAGAUGUUUACCACAUGUGGUAGAUUGGCAUUUCAAAGAGUUCACUUGGAUGUACUGCAGGAACUGAGGAAAGGGAAGCGUUGUGUUGGUGCAUGUGGAAAAAGUCACCCGUGUGAUGUGGUGGCGGGGUGUGCACAAAUAGUUGCAUCACUUUUUAAUGACGUGUCGAGACAGUAGCUCGAAAAAUAGUUCAUAUAAUCAACUGUUGCCGCUGUUGUAUGGUUGUAUAUAAUGGUGUGAGAGAUUCUCUUUGAACUGUCAAAAUCACUUAGAUACUGUACCGUUACUGACACAAGUAGUCCUCUGGCUGUUCUCGUCCCUGUCAGGAAAUGAAACAGGCUUAACGUAAAGUCCAGACAUAUUGGUAUCAUCAGUGUGAAGAGUGCUGGUCAUGCUGAAUGAGACCAGAUUUCCUCUGUGUACACUCGGCUAAAUGUCACAGUUAAAUGUCAAGUGGUUUCUACGGUGAGCCAAACUACAAAACUGCAAUUUUUGUGCUUUUUUAGAACCCGGUGAGACUCAACAGUAAACAGCUGAAACUUCCCCCAUCAGACUUGUAUCAUUUUACAGUGGAAAGAAAUUGAAUUUUUAUCUUAACCACCUGUUUAAAGUUAACAGUGAUCCAUCAGUUUGAUAGCUAAUGAUACCUAAAAGGUGAACCCCACUGAAAGCCAUACAAGCCAGAGAAACAAUCAUGGAGAUCUCCAGGAAAGAGCUCAUUUUCUUUUUUUUUUUUUUCAGUUAACUAUUUUAGUGGAUUUGUUUCUGACCUGUGUGUGUGUGUGUUCGUCUCUGACAGUGAUAACCGGCACUGUUAUCACUGCGGUGAUAAAAGGAGGAAGUAUGUACGCCACUAUUUCCAUCAUCAACGUCUACAGAGAGGGAGAUCUGGCCAUCCAGCAGGCGGGAAAAACCAUGAGCACCAAAAUCAUUAUCCUGUGCAAGAAGUGCCCCUUCAUCAGAAGAGGUGAGUUAAAUAGGACUUUUUUGUGGUAAGAGGAAACUGUUAAAUUAUGAUACAAGGUUCCAGGUUGACUGUUUUGAGUAACCUACGGCUCUGAGUUUGCCUCCUUUACGCAGUCACAUGAUUCAGCUCUCCUGAAAGUGUGAGGUGAGCGGCAGAACUCACUGUCCAAACAGUCAUGGUGAAUAUGUUUAUAUGUGCGCAUAUAAACAUAUUAAUACAGACCUGCCGGGUGGAGAUUCUGAUGAACGGCCUCCCUGAAUGUCUCUGCCGUUCCGCCACUGCAUUCAGGUUUUUUUUGUGUGACCUCACUAGGCUUAAACUACAUCUUCAUGGGUCAAGUGGAUGAAGAAGGCCGGGGGAAGAUCGCACCUCACCACUUCGUUAUGGCGUUUAAGACAAAGAACCAGAAAGUAUUCAACGUGCUGAAGAAUAAGAGGUGCUGAGUACCUGAAGCUCUGAGGAUCUCCACUGGAUUAGAGUGCCUGAGGCUUGUACUGGGGUGGAAGAUGAAGCCAAACACACAAUCCUCAGCUUAACUGCACAAACACACAAACAGAUGAAGUGGAAACUGAUCUGAAUACAAGGAUUUCAGCACAAAACAAACUUCUCAUUCAGUAAGAGGCAAAUGAAACUUCUGCAUUGAAUCCAUGUUUUCUGGAUUAAAAAAAAAGAGAGCAUUCACUUAUCCUCUGCGUUGCAUUUAAGAUUAGUCACCCAGUCUGUUCUGCAACCUCAGAUCAAUCAGUAACAAAGUCAGUCAAAAUGUAACAAAUUCCUCUUACACACAUGGUGAGAUUUUAACUUGUAGCCAGUUUUGGUAGCCGAGAAUCAGGAGUGUAGGUAGCAACUUAAAGUCACAAUCUCUAAUAAGGCUGUUCAAAAUUCAGUGAUUGCACUAUUAAAUUCAACAUUUUACACAUUAUAGGUUUGAUUUGUCUCCUGUCUAGGCUGUUUUUCUAAAUUUAAAUGAUCAGUUAGGUUGAUUAGUAAAUACAAAUCAUAGCUAGGCUUUAAUUCAUGUGCCUGAUUGAUAAACAUAGAGGCUUUUUUUUAGCAACCUGCAGUUAAAUUUCAGUAGGCAGGAUUGGAGGCUUUAAAGCGGUGUUAAAAAGUGCAAUAAGUAAUACAUACCUGAUUCUUUGUUAAAGAUUUUCAUACUGUUUUAUGUGAAACAAAUGAGGAUCUUCCUAGCUUAAGCCCUUAUCAAAGCACCAACAACAGCAUACAUUAUUUACACGCAUUGUUUUUAAAGGCAGAGGUAUGAAAUGAAAAUUAUUUUCAUAUGAAAAAGUCUGUGAAUAUUAUUUAUAUUUUAUUGUUUUCUUCUGCCAAAGUAAUAAAACUUUUAACAUGA